AUGGUGAUGGCUAACACAACUUGCGGAAUCUGUUUGGACGAACUCAAAGUCCCUGUGUCAACACCCUGCGGGCAUCUUCACUGCGAAAAAUGUCUUACGGCAUACAUUGAGAAGAGUCCAGACGCCAUUACCGCUUCUUGUCCUACCUGUCGGUCAGCUUUCGGCAUAGCUAUGCCUGACAUGAGAUUUGUUCCGGAAAAAUACCACAAGUUCAUUAUUCCGAACGUUCGACGCGUUUUUCUCGAUGCACCACUUCACACCUCUUCGGAUCUGCAGGUUGAUGUCACGAGGCUGGAGGGACGCGUACAGGAACUCGUGCACGAUAAGACACUGCUGAUGGAUCGCUGUGAGGCUCAGAUGGCCGCUUCUGCUAUUCACGCGUCGGGAGAGCGCGAUGCGCGGCUGGAGAACGAGAAACUAAAGAUGGAGAUGCAGAAGCUCCGAAAGAAGUACGAUGGCUUGAAGGGAAAGUACUUCAGCUUGAGGGAGACAUCGGGAGUGUCGACUCACGCCAUGAAGCGCAAGAGCGGCCAAGCGGCCCUGGACACAUUCCUAGAGCCUUCGCAGUGCCGUUCCGGGUUCGAUACUCGCGAGGUUGAUGGUCGACUUGUACAUCGCAAAUCCAAACGUCCUCGGCUGCUCGGCUCUCCUUUCGAUCUCAACCACCUAGCAGGUCCGGUGCCUGUGUUCAAGAAGCGGUUACCAAUAUCCCAGCCCGAAGACAGUUCGAGCUUGCCAAGUUCUUUGGGUUCAAAGGCGCGCCCUCGACGCUCCGGCCUUCCUACAGGAGACUUGUUUUCCCCGAGAAUCGGAGGGUUGAACGGUGGACAUGGCAGCAUCGAUUACGAUUAUGGCACGGCGACAAUUCCCCUUGUGGAGGAUAAUGAUGACGACUGA